GUGUGUGUUAAGCCUCCACAGACUGUCCUGAGCCCAAGACUACACAGCUGCAGGACCCAAGGAGGUGAGAUCAGCCUCUUUCCUCUGUGCUGGGCUCAGCAAAACCUCCAGGAGCCUUCCAUCCCAUCUCCCAUGAUUUUGAGUCUCUGGAGAGAGAAACAAGACUUUUCCCCAAUGAAGAGAACUCUCCUGCUCCUGGUGGGGGUUUAUCUGCUGUCCUUCAGCAGGGCAGAAGAGGGGCUGAACUUCCCCACGUACGAUGGGAAGGACCGAGUGGUCAGCCUUUCCGAGAAGAGCUUCAAGCAGAUGUUGAAGAAGUACGAGGUGCUGUGUCUCUAUUACCACGAGCCGGUGUCGUCAGACAAGGUGGCACAGAAGCAGUUCCAGCUGAAGGAGAUAGUCUUGGAGCUCGUGGCCCAGGUUCUGGAACAUAAAAACAUAGGCUUUGUGAUGGUGGAUGCCAAGAAAGAAGCCAAGCUUGCCAAGAGACUGGGUUUCAAUGAAGAAGGAAGCCUGUACGUUCUGAAGGGUGAUCGCACGAUUGAGUUUGAUGGGGAGUUUGCUGCUGACGUCCUAGUGGAAUUUCUCUUGGAUCUCAUCGAAGACCCAGUGGAGAUCGUGAACAACAAGCUGGAAGUCCAAGCCUUCGAGCGCAUCGAGGACCAGAUCAAGCUCCUCGGCUUUUUCAAGAAUGAGGACUCCGAAUACUACAAAGCCUUCCAAGAGGCAGCUGAACACUUCCAGCCCUACAUCAAGUUCUUCGCCACCUUUGACAAGGGGGUAACAAAGAAGCUGUCCUUGAAGAUGAAUGAAGUUGGCUUCUACGAGCCAUUCAUGGAUGAGCCCAUUGUCAUCCCUAACAAACCUUACACCGAAGAGGAGAUUGUGGAGUUUGUGACGGAGCAUCAAAGACCCACCCUGCGUCGCUUGCGCCCGGAGGACAUGUUUGAAACCUGGGAAGAUGACUUGAACGGGAUCCACAUCGUGGCCUUUGCAGAGAGGAGUGACCCAGAUGGCUAUGAGUUCCUGGAGAUCCUGAAACAGGUUGCCCGGGACAACACUGACAACCCUGACUUGAGCAUCUUGUGGAUUGACCCAGAUGACUUCCCACUGCUUGUCGCUUACUGGGAGAAGACUUUCAAAAUUGACUUGUUCAAGCCACAGAUCGGGGUGGUGAAUGUAACAGAUGCUGACAGCGUCUGGAUGGAGAUCCCAGACGAUGAUGACCUGCCCACAGCCGAGGAGCUGGAAGACUGGAUCGAGGACGUGCUUUCUGGAAAGAUCAACACUGAAGAUGAUGACAACGAAGAGGAAGAUGAUGACGGCGAUAACGACAAUGAUGACGAUGACGACGACGAUGAUAAUUCUGAUGAUGAGGAUAACGAUGACAGCGAUGAUGACGACGACGAUGAUGAAGAAUAGCUCCAGACCUGGGUGCAUCUGAUGAGAACGACAUCACAACUCCCCUCUACCGUACAGGCAACCCAAGGGGUCAGCAAGCAGCGGUGCCCACACCCAGCCGGUUCUUUUCCUUUCUCCAGCAUCUUUUUCUAGUUGGUUCUUGGCAGAAGUGGUACAUUUCAGUGAACGCCUUCCCAAACCCAGCAGUCCACUCAGCAGGGGCGGGGGGGGGAGGGCAUUCCCAUGCUGACUUCUUUUAAGCAUUGGGGAACAAACAGCUCUUGUUCUUUGCUAGAACAUGGGGGGGGAUCAUAUCUCCUGACACCUCUACUCAAGUUUACUUACUGUCUUUGAUUCUGGCAGUGACAGAACUGACAGCUUGCUAUUAGUUCACAAGCAAAGAGAGAGGAUUUCUAACCAGAGCUUAGGAAGGACAUGUGAUUAUUCAAUUCAGUCCCUAAAUCCAGAAUCUCUCGGGGAACCCAAGCCUUUAGAUGGCAAUUAGAAUCCUUGAAAUGUGUGGGCAUCACCAUUAUUUCUAGAAUAUUAGGAUGCUGUGUGGGGGUCAGUUAGCUCUCUGAGAGUCCCAACAGUUGGCAAGCCUCUUAAAUUCACCAGCAGGGAGCGUAGGGAGAGGCUGAAGGUUGAAGGUUUUUCAUUUUUCUGACAGAGACAGUUUGGGUCUCUGAAAGAAUUUGCUGGCUGCCUCCUGUGAUCUGGGAGCUGAAUGCCCCUUCUCUAUCCCUGCUAGUGAGCUGUCCCAUUUUGAGUUAGAAUUGCUUUAUCCAAUGGUCAAUUAACUCCCCAUUCAUCAGCACUCCGCAGUUGACCAGGGCAGCCUAAUUAGAGUUCACGAUGCCCUGAGGCAAAGAGGAAAAAAAAAUCCCCAAGUGCCUUUUGAAUUGUCUGAAAGUAACAUUGUGCUUGGUAGUUUUCGUUGCUAAGUAAGUGUUCUAAUUUAUUUUCAAAAUCUGUUAACGUGGAGAACACUCUGUGUGGCUUUGUUUCUGAAACUGGGGCAGCCCUUUUAUGGAAUGGUAAUAAACCGACGGACAUUAAACUUGUGUUUUGAAGA